ACUAUUUACAGAAAAAACUUGUUAGUCCUUUAAAAUCUAAAAAUAAUCAUUUAAAACUCGUUUAAAUUAAAAACAGUAUAGUGUAUUCAAAGAAAUAACAAAAAUGCUUAAAGUUAAUUAGCAUUAGAGUCAAUUGAAGGCAAUAAAUAUUGUCUUAAAGGGGCUGGUGCAAACAAACGAAAAAAAUUAGCAGUAAAUAGAAAGAAAAAGAAACCGGACGCGUGUCUUUUAUUAUUUUUAUCGAUGAUAAAGUCUACUUAUUUAGCCUGCCAGCAAAAAGUAAUUGCUGUAAAAAAUUCUUUGUAAAAUUCAUUACAAACGCAAGAGAUAGCCCCGACGAAUAGUGCUAUAAAUGAUUGUAACUAAGCUACUACAAAAUUUGUUUUAAACAAACCGAAGAAUUGCUAUUGCUUGUUACUAUAGCAAACAACGGAAGAUCAGCGCUUACCGGCAAAUAGCCUGUAAUACCUCGAUAUAAAGUCAAUAUGUAUUGCUUACAAUGUUUGUUGCCGGUGCUGUUGUUGCCAAAGCCCACCAAUCCUGCUCUUAUGGAAACACAUGUAAUGUUUAUUGUGCUGUAUUUAAUUGGUUUCUUUCUGGAGCGCAAACCCUGCACCAUUUGUAGUCUUGUGUUCUUAACAGCUGUUUUUCUCAUCUGCUACAGUGGUGUUGGCAAUUGCAUCUUCUGGGGCAACUGUGAGGGACAUCAAUGUGAAAAUGGCUAAACCCUGGUGAUAAGAAUUGUGAUAAUUUUAGUGUUAAUAAGAUCUUUUGGACUUUUCAAACCAGACACGAUAGUUUAAAUACAUUUAGAUGUAUGAGAGAUAGCAGAGUGGAUACCAUAAAUCAUUUUUAAAGACAAAAUAAUGUAAACCCCCCCAAAAACACAGAAACCGUAGUCUUCGUAGAUGUCAAGUGCUUUUAAAAUUUAAGGCAUGUAAAAAAUUUAAAAAUACGCUUUUUACACGAUUUCUAGACGACACCUUUUAAUAAUAUUAAAACAAUAAAUGAUUAAACGAUUAAAUUUUAAAAGCCUAAGUGACGACGAUUUUAAAAUAAUUUAUAACAAAAAAAAUUUAAUAAUAAUUAAUAAAUAUUAACAAGAGUGGUUGUUAUUUUAUGUAAACGAAACAAAAAAAGAAAAUUAAGUUUAAUUCAUUUAAUAAUUUCAUACCUAGAAAUUAUAGUGUAUAAUUCAUAAGAAUUUGUUUUAUCGUUUUGUGUUUAUUUUCUUUUAAAUGUAGUUAAACAUUUGAGAUUUUGUAAAUAUGUAUUACUGAUUUAAAAGAAAUUGUUUUUAAAUUGUUUUUUCACAUAACAUUUUUUUUUAGAAUUUUUAAGUAAAGAUCUAUAUUUAAUUUGUAUUACUGCGGUAAACGUAACAAAUUUAGUCAAACAAAUUAAAACAAAUAAAUUUAAAAUUACAAUUAAAUGAACAAA